ACAAUGACAAACCUUUUUUUCAACACCAUGCACCACACGCAUUACUAGUUUAAUAUCUCCCCCUAAGCUUAGGAGGGAUUGUUCGUAAAUUAUUCAUCCUCCUAGCACUAUAAAUAGCCUACAUUAGUACCAGAUUUAUACUAUCUCAUCUUUGCAUUUACUUCUCUUUACAAUUUUUGUAGGGAGGAAAUUCUGCCUUAGAUUCCUUAUAUCAUGGCUUUCAAAACAAGAGCCUCAGUUACCCUUUUCCUCUCCUUGAAUCUCCUUUUCUUUGCCAUAGUCAGUGGAACUGAUUGUGGCUCUUGUCAUCAUAAUCCUCCUAGCACCGGUAAUGGUGGUGGCAAUGGCAGUAACACUGGUGGCUCGGGCAAUGGUGGCGGCUCCGGAAACGGAGGUGGUUCGGGCAAUGGUGGCGGCUCCGGCAACGGAGGUGGUUCGGGCAAUGGCGGAGGAGGUGGCAAUGGACAAGGCAGGUGCCCGAGAGAUGCUCUGAAGUUGGGUGUAUGUGCAAAUUUAGUUGGUGGAUUGGUGGGAGCGGUAAUUGGGAGUCCUCCAACGAUGCCAUGCUGCAGCUUGAUCGCGGGGCUAGCGGAUUUAGAGGCGGCAGUUUGCUUGUGCACAGCCAUAAGGGCAAAUGUGCUGGGAAUAAAUCUGAAUGUGCCACUCUCUCUUAGCCUUGUUCUCAACAACUGUGGAAGGAAUCCUCCUACUGGCUUCACUUGCUAAUAAGCCAAUGUCCUCAAUGCCUAUUUCAGCCUUUUCUUAUGUUGGCCAUUUUGUGUUUGCAUCUAUUUUCUUUUAUAAUCACUUGUUUAUCGUGUUGUGUUAAUUGUUGCAAAUAAGCGAGCUUGCAAAAAUGAAAGAGCAGGUUCGUGAAUCAGUUGAUUUUGUGUCUGUACUCCGUACUCAAAGGUUUAUAAUUUAUAUAUUAUAAUAUUAUGCUGCCUUUUGUAUUU